AUGGGAAAGGUUAUCAGCAACUGGCGGGGAUUUUUCUGCGUAUUCGUUGGACUACUGCUCCCAGCUGGGCCAGCGCAUAGUGUACCCAUUGAAGGAUGUGGCGUGCGUAAGCUGGACGCCAUCGGGUUGAUAGUGAAAGGACAGGAUGCCCGUCCGGGUGACUGGCCGUGGCAUGUUGCCAUUUACGAUGGGAAAAAUACAAAAACUCCAACGUACGCGUGCGGUGGCUCGAUCAUAAGCGAGUACUUCGUACUUACCGCCGCACAUUGCUUUCAGGAGCCGAAUCCGGUUAGAUACUCCUUUAAAACGGGCGUACAUCUCCUCAACUCUGACAUUGAUACGAUCAAUUACGCACUGUUUGAGAUCAUCAUCCAUCCAAAGUUCGACCGGAAGCUCUACAACGACAUCGCACUACUACGGCCGGAAAAUAAGAUCGUGUUCAAGAGUACCAACGUGUGGCCGAUCUGCCUUUGGUCGGAGGAAGCGAAUGUGAUUAAUGUGCUUCAAGUGUCGGGGAUUUCGGUCGGCUUCGGAUUCAACGAAAACCACGAGGUCAGCAAUCUCCUGCAGCAGGCGGCAAUGAAUCUGACCGCAAGACAGCGCUGCAUAGAGAUGAUGCCCGAUCAUCUGGACUAUCUGGCGCAGGAUGAGGGCAAAAUCUGCGCCGUCGGCAAGGAGAGCGGAUCGAGUGUAUGCUCCGGUGACAGUGGCGGUGGGCUUUACUACGCGAACGAUAAAGUUUGGUACUUGCGCGGCAUUGUAAGUGCAGGUGCAAGAAAGGACCUUGGCAAUGGGCAAACGUCCUGCGAUACGUCACUGCCAGCCACCUACACGGACGUGGCGAAGUACAGACCCUGGAUCGACGCACACGAGAAGAUUCUUGACGAACGGAACCUCCUGAAGGAUGACUCGUGCGGUGAGGUGCGGAACGACAACAUUACGGAUGAAGGCAAGAAACCGAUCUUCAACCAGUAUCCGUGGAAUGCCCUGUUGGAGUUCCGAGAGGCCGGUAAACCGCAAACUCAUCUGGUGUGCAGUGGAGUACUGAUACACCCUCGGUAUGUGCUGACCGUAGGGCACUGUCUGGAUGGAAUUUUAAGAGGUUUUUCGCUUGCAUCGGUACGCCUCGGAGAGUUCAACCUACGCACAACGAAUGACACAGAUCCCGCAGUGCCUGGAGAAGCAACUACAACACAAUCUGUUGACGUCGAAACGUACUAUCGUCAUCCGAAAAUAAACCAACCCAUGUACAGCAACGAUUGGGCACUCGUCAAGCUGAAGCACGAUGCCUCACUGUCCAAGCACAACAUCCGCACCAUCUGUCUCCCCAGUCUGGACGACUUUAAAGAGACAAGCCUAACACUGACCGGCUGGAAGCGAAAUAAGUUCGUCUUUCCGAAGCUCGAGCGAGACACGAUGAAUCUGAGCUCGCCGGUCCAAUGUCGGGAUGAGUAUAAGAAACUCGGCAUCAAUCUACCGGCCACCGAUGAUAUGGUUUGUGCGUUCCACAAGGAUCAACCGAAGGCCAAUUGCAACAACUACGCCACGGGAUCGCCCCUGCAGUACAUAAAGGUGGUCGACAAGAAGCCCCGCUACUUCCUGGCCGGACUGAUGGUGCUCAAUUUUCCGUUCUGCCGUAUGAAUGGGUCGGAAGUGUUCGUCAGCCUUACUGGGGCCUCCGAGUGGAUUAAGAAAACGGUGAUCGGAUGAAGCUGCGCAAGAUCGCAGCUCUUUUAUGUUGUACCAAAACAUCCUACUCAUAAUUAAGUUUUUAGAAAAUUAUUCGAAAUACACAUCAGUGUCG